AUGACUAUCAUUGGAAAUCUUUCUUGUAUAAAUCAUGUUGGAUUAGGUAAUUUUUCCAAAAAAUCCUCAAACUAUUCAAAUUUUUCAAAUUCUAUUUCUUUUGGAAAAAAUCAAAACUCUGACCAAAUAAUUGAUGCUGUUCUUGGAUUAAUUAUAAGAGAUGGUGGUAUUGUUGAUGGUUUGUUUGGUAAUGGAAGUUCAUUGAAUAAAUUUUUCUCACAAUUUUUUGGAAAAUCAAUAUAUAAAAAUAGAUCACUAGGAAAUAAUACAAAAUUAUAUAAAAAAAUAAAAAAACUGUAA